UUUUAGCGGCGAAUUCUGAUCGUUAUAUAUGCGCGGAGGACGAGGCACAAGGCUGCUGCGAGUGAUGAGGAAGGUGUUACUGAUGACGACUAGUCUGCAUCCGCUCUUAGCGCCCGCUCGGCAUGUGCCGCAUUCGAAGCUGGGCAUCAUCGCGAGCUCCGUCACGACCACCGACAGCAACCCCACACACAAUGCACUCGCUUCGCAGGAUAGCAGUGACUGCUGCCCGGACGGGCCGUACCACUCUCUCGCGCCAGUCCCGCCGCUAUGCUCACGAUGAGCACGCCCACGGCCACGCUGCCCCCGCGAACGAAUCUCUCGGACGUGGUUUCUUCUGGGCCACGAUUUGGAUUCCCGCAGGAAUGGGCCUCUACCUCGUUUCCAAGAACUCCGACAGCGACCGACCCUUCCUCACCCGCAUGAUGGACAAGUACGCUGAGGCAGAGGAGAAGCGCCAGAAGAGAAACGAUAUCCACGUACGCAUGGUCGAGCAGGCAGGCGAGGACCGCGUGCUGUUCAUGAACGCCAGGCCCCAGGAAUACGUUGAUAUGAGGUUCCCUGAGUACGUACCGACCUGACUGGCGCAACGGAAUCCCAGCGAACGGUCAAUCUGUGGCAACAGAGUCAACAUGUGCUGUUCUGGAGCGAUUGAAGACAAUGGCGCGGCUGACUUCGUACAGGAUCAUGAACGCUGGCUCUCCCUACAACGUGCCCGCUGGCAGCCAAGUCCCCAUGACCUCCGUCAUCGAGAAGUACCAGAAGCUUGC